AGAAACGUUUUGUUUUAUAAGCACAGUAACAGCGGUUUCCUUUUAAGAUUUUAAAAAGUGUUUUAUUUCUAAAAAUAGAGUAAUCGUAAAAGAUGUUUAGAAGAGGAAUUGCAUCGUACAGCGUUUUCCCUCAUCUUUUGAGUAUAUAAAAAUAUCAUGUAAAUAUAUUGAAACGUUAUCUCCUAACCUGUACAGUUUCUGACACGCCGCAUUAUAACAGUUACGGAAGUUUUUCUUGAAUAGUAAUAAUUUAAAUAAAUUAAGUAUGUUUGAAGCGCAUAGCAUUAAUGCUGAACACAAGGAUUUGAUCCACGAUAUUGCCUAUGAUUUUUACGGGCAACGAAUGGCAACAUGCUCCAGUGACCAGUUUGUAAAAGUCUGGGAUGAAGACGAGCAUGGAAAUUGGCACUUAACUGCAUCUUGGAAAGCUCACAGUGGCUCUGUAUGGAAAGUUACAUGGGCACAUCCAGAAUUUGGUCAAGUACUUGCAACAUGUUCUUUCGACAGAACAGCGGCUGUAUGGGAAGAAAUAGUUGGAGAAGGUUCAGGCCCAGGUGAACGUGGCAUGAGACAUUGGGUUAGAAGAACAAAUUUAGUAGAUUCCAGAAAGUCAGUUACAGAUGUGAAAUUUGCACCUAAAACCCUUGGUCUAUUGUUAGCUACUUGUAGUGAAGAUGGAGUGAUUAGAAUAUAUGAAGCUCCGGAUGUUAUGAACUUGAGUCAAUGGACACUCCAGCAUGAUAUUAGCUGUAAGCUUCAAUGUAGUUGCCUUUCAUGGAAUCCAUCUCUGUCAAGGUUACAUCCUCCAAUGAUAGCAGUUGGAAGCAAUGAUCAAAGUCCAUCUUCUGGAGGGAAAGUGUUUAUAUACGAAUACUCUGAAAGUAGUAGGAGAUGGGCAAAAACAGAAACAUUAGCCAUUGUUGACCCUGUUAAUGAUAUUGCAUUUGCUCCAAAUUUAGGUAGAAGUUUUCAUACAUUAGCUGUUGCAACAAAAGAUGUACGGAUAAUUACAUUGAAGCCUAUAUUGGAUACUGUACAAAGUGGUGCACCACGCUUUGAACUUACUACAGCAGCACAAUUUUUUGACCAUGAUUGUACUGUGUGGCGUGUAUGUUGGAACAUUAUGGGAACUAUCUUAGCAAGUUCAGGAGAUGAUGGUUGUGUUCGGUUAUGGAAAGACAAUUAUAUUAAUAACUGGAAGUGUGUUGCUGUUUUGAAAGGUGAUGGCACUGCUGCUCAGAGUGCUGAAACUCCAACAGCAGCAACUCCACCGAACCAUUCAGUAGGAAUGCAACAGACACCUUCUACAACAAGAGCAGUAACUAUAGCAACAGUCACUGCAGAAAAGCCUACAGUUACAGUUAUGUGCAUCAAUAAAUGGCAAGCUCCUGUUACAAAGGGUCGUUUCAGUAAAUCUGUUUGGCUAGGGAAUCCCAGCGAAGCAACUCCGCCACCGCCCCCAAUUUUAGAAUGUCCAAAGCCAAAAAAAUAA